AUGUGCGGUUGCAAAAGACGUCGUGCCGCCCGUGCCGCAUGGAUUGAACAACAUGCCGCAGGUGGCAGAGGAUGCGGAAGAGGGUUCAGCCCCAACGCAGCCCCCCCAUUCUACCCUCCAUUUAUGGGAGGCCCUUUCGGUCGAUGGAGAGACACACCUCACAAUAACGGGCUCGGAGGCCCCUCGCAACACGAAUCGAUCCAUCCUCGUGAGACGUCUCCUUCUGGAGACAUUGAAAAGACAGGAGCUUCGCAAACAGAGGCAAACCGUGUAUCUUUCACGCCAGGAUCUUUUGGCCGAUGGCGAGAUUCAGUCAAAAGCGACAAGAAGAUGAACAUCAAAAGAGAUUCGGCCGCCAGCCAGCCUCCGCACUACACGUCUGGGAUCAAAGAGGGGCCGCAGGUGGAUGGAGAGAAGCCAGCAGCGAUGCGAGAGGCUCUCCCACCAACAUAUGAGGCAGCGACAAAGCACUGA